AUGGCGCCGGUGGAGCACGUUGUGGCGGACGCCGGGGCGUUCCUGCGGGACGCGCCUCUGCAGGACAUCGGGAAGAACAUCUACACCAUCCGGGAAGUGGUCAGCGAGAUCCGGGACAAGGCCACGCGCCGGCGGCUCGCCGUCUUGCCCUACGAGCUGCGCUUCAAGGAGCCCUUCCCGGAGUACGUGCGGCUGGUGACUGAGUUUUCAAAGAAAACUGGAGACUACCCCAGCCUUUCCGCCACCGACAUCCAAGUGCUGGCACUUACCUACCAACUGGAGGCAGAGUUUGUUGGGGUGUCCCACUUAAAACAGGAACCAGAGAAGGUUAAAGUGAGCUCAUCGAUUCAGCACCCCGAAACUCCUCUGCACAUUUCCGGUUUCCAUCUGCCCUCGAAGCCUAAACCCCCACGAGAAGCCGUGGAACGUGAACACGCAGCCCGUGAGCCUGAGGACCUGGAGUUCAGUUCCUUCAUGUUCUGGAGAAACCCUUUGCCUAACAUUGACCGUGACCUGCAGGAGCUGCUGGUUGACGAAGGCGAGGAUGUUCCAAGUGAGGAGGAAGAGGAUGGGUUUGAAGAAAGGAAAGAUGGAGACAGUGAUGACGAUGGGGGGUGGAUAACCCCCAGCAACAUCAAGCAGAUCCAGCGGGAUUUUGAACAGUGCUCCGUGCCGAAGGACGUGCGGGUCGGCUGUGUGACUACAGACUUCGCCAUGCAGAACGUUCUGCUUCAGAUGGGGCUGCACGUGCUGGCGGUGAGCGGCAUGCUGAUCCGGGAGGCCCGGAGCUACGUCCUCCGCUGCCACGGCUGUUUCCGGACAACCUCCGACAUGAGCCGCGUGUUCUGCUCGCACUGUGGAAACAAGACCCUGAAGAAAGUGUCUGUGACCGUCAGCGACGACGGGACCCUGCGCAUGCACUUCUCCCGCAACCCCAAGGUGCUGAGCCCGCGGGGCCUCCGGUAUUCACUUCCCACCCCCAAAGGGGGCAAAUAUGCCGUCAACCCUCACCUGACUGAGGACCAGCGCUUCCCUCAGCUGCGGCUCUCCCGCAAGGCCCGGCAGAAAACGGACGUGUUUGCCCCCGACUACGUGGCCGGGGUGUCUCCCUUUGUGGAGAACGACAUCUCCAGCCGCUCAGCUACCCUGCAGGUCCGAGACAACACUCUGGGGGCCGGGAGGAGACGGUUGAACCCCAACGCGUCCAGAAAGAAGUUUGUGAAGAAAAGGUGA